AUGGCGCUUUAUUCUCCGCCGCCGCCGUUGCAUGCCUUUGAACGGGACAAACCGACUCUCUUGGUGUGUUGGUGGAUAACGCUGUUCUGCACCACCAUCAUCCUGUUGCGUGUUGCGGGCCGCUUCGUCCGGUCAGAGAAGCUCUUCGCAGAGGAUCGGACGGCCGCGCUCGCCAUCAUUCCGCUCUACCUGCGCAUGGGAUGUGUCCACGUAAUUCUGGUCUACGGCACCAAUAAUGCACAGAUACCGAACGACCUGACCGAGGAGGAACUUCGCAUGAAAUCUAUCGCCAGUGGCUUGGUCCUGGCUAGCCGCAUCUUCUAUGCGACAACGCUUUGGAUUCUCAAAAGCGCCAUCCUGGAAUUCUUCAAGCGACUGACCAAAACAACCUGGAAGCGAUCUCACGAAAUCACUCUCCUCUGGAUCCGAUGUACGUUGAUCGCGACCUUCAUUGCUGUCUUGAUAUCAGAUCUCACCGAAUGCCGACCCUUUCAACACUACUACCAAGUCUUACCCGAUCCCGGUGGCCAAUGUCGUCAAGGAUAUGCUCAACUCCUGACCAUGGCGACGUGUAACGUCAUCACCGACUUGCUACUGGUCUUCUUCCCGGUAUCCAUCAUAUGGCGGAGCCACAUGACGGUCAAGAGGAAGGUGCAGCUUGUCCUCCUGUUUUCGCUGAGCUUGGCAGUGGUUGGAACGACACUGUACCGGGUUCCUCAUACCAUUUGGCAAAAUGGCAGCCAGCAGAUACGCUCCCUGCUUGCCUCAAUUGAGCUUCUUUUUGCCACGGCCGCGGCGAACGCCUUGGUUCUUGGCUCCUUUGUCCGAGAUCGCGGGGUGAAGAAGGCUAGGUAUAGACAUGGCUCCAUUGCGGCGGAUUCAGUCAACGGAUUCUCAAGAUCACGAAGACCUACGCUUCAGAGGCAUUGGGGCAGCGAUGAGGAACUGGUCAGGGGCUUGGGGCUUGGAGUCGACCGCGAGUUGCGCGACUCACCCGAACUUGGAGGACCUAUUCCCCAGCGCCAGUACACCCCGGCGGGUCCUAUAGGCAAAUUUCCCGAGGACAUGAGCAGUUGGCAGUUUCCCACGCGUAAAGGAAGCAACGCAGAACGGAGCGACGACUCUUUGUUACCCCACAACCUGACGAGUAGCUCCCGUAGCAAUUCUGGGACCACUCCUCGGAAAGUGUCAUUCUUCGACGUGGGAGGCUUGCUGCCGGACGAGCAAAACCAAAGCUUGCGGGACAGCUAUAACUCUAGUCUCGACCCUUUGUCACCGACCACCUUACACGGAGUGCCCUCUCCUUCUUUUCCUGCGGGGACUACCGGCUUCAGACGCGGAUCUCAAGCAUUGCUACAGGAUUUAGGUGGUUUCCUAAGCCCUUUUGGCGCAAAGUCCAGAUCAAACUCCAAGACGAGCGCAACUGGGACCGAACUACAAAUGAUGCAACAGCAUCCGGAAGAGUCCCCCAAACGGCAGGAUAAUUACCGUAACGCGCCGAUGCCCAUGGAUGCGGGUGGAUUACUUGCGCCCCUUACAGCAUGA